UUCUUUCAAACAUGGCAGCCCGAUUCUGGUUUCUGACAGUUUUUCUCUUUAAUUCUAAUGUUUUUCCUUUUCCUCUCAGUCCAGAAAGAACAAAAACGGCAACCUGCGGUUAUGAGUCAUGUCAUCCUACCAAAGCCGCCAUGCUGAACGUCCACCUGGUGCCUCACACACACGAUGACGUCGGCUGGCUGAAGACCGUGGAUCAGUACUACUACGGAGACCGUAAUGACAUUCAGCACGCCGGCGUGCAGUACAUCCUGGACUCAGUGGUGGAUCAGCUGCUGAAGAAUCCGGACCGACGGUUCAUCUAUGUGGAGACGGCGUUCUUCUACCGCUGGUGGAAACAGCAGAGCUUCAGCAUGCAGCAGACAGUCAAACAGCUGGUUAAUGAAGGCCGCCUGGAGUUUGUAAAUGGCGGUUGGUGUAUGAGUGACGAGGCCACCACCCACUACAGUGCUGUCAUUGACCAGAUGACUCUGGGCCUCAGGUUCCUCAACGAGACGUUCGGUCCUUGCGGUCGGCCCCGAGUCGCAUGGCACAUUGACCCAUUUGGCCAUGCCCGUGAGCAUGCCUCUAUGUUUGCCCAGAUGGGGUUUGAUGGGUUCUUCUUCGGUCGUCUGGACUACCAGGACCGGGGCCGUAGGAUGGCUGAAAAGGAUCAGGAGCUCCUGUGGAGGGCCUCCGACAGCCUCACGCCCCCGAUGGCUGACCUCUUCACUGGUAUCCUACCAAACGGCUACAACCCCCCUGACGGCUUCUGCUGGGACCAGAGUUGUCACGACCCACCAAUCAGAGAUGACCCUGACCUGGAGGACUACAACGUUGACGAUGUGGUUGCUCGCUUCCUUACUAUCGCCAAUAACCAGGCUUUGGUUUAUAAGACCAACCACAUCAUCAUGACCAUGGGCUCAGACUUCCAGUAUGAAAACGCCAAUCUGUGGUACAAGAACCUGGACAAGCUGAUCCACUACGUUAACGCUCGACAAGUGAAAGGCAGCAAAGUCAAUGUGCUCUACUCCACCCCCUCCUGUUACCUCCAGGAACUGCACCGAGCAAACCUCACCUGGACUUUGAAAACAGAUGAUUUCUUCCCAUAUGCGGAUAACGCUCAUGAUUUUUGGACGGGAUACUUCACCAGCCGACCGGCACUGAAACGCUACGAGAGGGUCAGCAACGGCAACCUGCAGGUGUGUAACCAGCUGGAGGUCCUUGGAGGGCCGGUGUCCAGGAAGGGACCCUUUGGACAGGGCACCAGCCAGACCUUGAAGAAGGCGAUGGGAGUGGCUCAGCAUCAUGACGCGGUGUCCGGCACGGAGAAGCAGCAUGUUGCCAAUGACUACGCCAAGAUUCUGGCCAAUGGCUGGGAACCGUGUCAGGUUUUGAUCAGCAACAGUCUGUCUGCUCUCAGCAGAUCCACGGCUCACCGAUUCUACUGCGACAACCUCAACAUCAGUGUUUGUCCCCUGACGGAGUCCAGCAAAAAGUUCUCUGUCACUGUGUACAACCCGCUCGCUCGGCCCGUCACCUGGCCCGUCAGGCUGCCGGUCAACGGGACCUCGUACGCUGUAACCGAUGCCAACGGGAAAGCUGUGGACUCUCAGGUGGUUCCGGUGUCCAAAUCCACCAAAGAGGUCCGAAGGAACCGGGGCUUUGCUGUCAACGAGCUGCUCUUCCAGGUUCAGGCUCCUCCUCUGGGCUUCAGCACCUACUCCGUGUCCCUCCUUCGGUACAGACCUCCUCCCACCUCCUCACAGCGCCAAGCGCCCACCGCCAUCGAGAACAAGUUUGUACGUGUGACCUUUGACCCAGACACUGGCCUUUUGAGCGGCCUCACGAACCUGGAGACCAAACAGACUAUCAAGCUGACGCAGAAUUUCUAUUGGUAUAACGCCAGUGACGGGAACAAUUUUGAGAGUAUCCAGCCUUCGGGGGCGUACAUCUUCAGACCCAACUCAUCCACUCCCUUUGUCAUCAGCAGGACGGCCGUGACUGAGAGCAUCCAGACCUCGGUGGUGCAGGAGGUGCGGCAGUGGUUCGCUCCCUGGGUGUCUCAGGUGGUUCGUCUGUACGCCGGCAGCAGAACUCUGGAGAUGGAGUGGACGAUAGGGCCGAUCCCCAUAGAUGAUGAUCUCGGGAAGGAGGUGAUCACUCGUCUGGACACCAACAUCAAAUCCUCAGAAAUGUUCUACACAGACUCAAACGGCAGAGAGGUGCUGCAGAGGAGGAAAGAUUUUCGGCCCACGUGGAAGCUCAAGCAGUCGGAGCCCAUCGCUGGAAACUAUUAUCCCAUCAACUCUCGCACGUUCCUCAAUGACGACGUGAAUCAGCUCACCGUGGUGACGGAUCGCUCUCAGGGAGGCAGCAGCAUCCACAACGGCUCUCUGGAGAUCAUGCUUCACCGCCGCCUCCUUUACGAUGAUGUUCGUGGUGUGGGCGAGCCCCUCAAUGAGUCCUCUGCCAUGUUCCCUGAGGGUCUGAUUGUUCGCGGCUGUCUCCUGCUGACCCUCGACCACCCUUCCACCGCUUCUGACGUACACCGCCCCCUUGCAGAGGAAAUGGUACUGCAGCCGCUGCUGACAUUUGUGGAUGGAGACCUGCACCCAAAGACGAGACUGGAGUUCUCUGGGCUGCAGGCUGCGCUGCCCCCUGCUGUCCACCUGCUGACACUGAGUCAGUGGGACAAAGACUUGGUGCUACUUCGUCUCGAGCAUCAGUUUCAGGUUUGGGAGAGCAAAGUGAACUCGCAGCCCGUCACAGUGGACCUGCAGAUGCUGUUCUCUACCCUGGAGGUAGUGGGCGUGUCUGAGCUCAACCUGUCAGCCAAUCAGUGGAAAGAAGAGAUGAAGCGAUUUCACUGGAUGUCACAGACGGAGGAGCCAUUCCUGCACAAAUCGCACGCCAGCACCGCAGCAUGGUUGGUGACGCUGAAACCUAUGGAGAUCCGGACCUUCCUGCUGAGAGUUGAGCUCAGAUAACCGAUCAGACGUGUCCUGGUCCUCGUGCACGGACCCUUCAGAGGGCGUUCUGAUUUUUCACCGCGCAAAUGCAGAAAUGAGCCAUAUUGCCGACGACGACAUCACCAGCAGUCCUCCUGAGUUGUUUUUUUUUUCUUUUUUUUUUUACAAAUUUUAAUCUUUUCUUUGCAGAGAAUUGAAACCAAAUAUCCAGCUGUAGCGAGUUGACGAACUUUAUUAAAUUUUUCUUUCUUCAGCGUGAAGAGGAGAAACAUUUUGUUCUUAUGGUCUUGUUCUUAUUACAGGAAUCUUUUUUCCCCCCCAAGAACUGUUGUCACAAUGCACUUCUCUAAACGCUGUUUAUGAUCAAAUGUCAUUUGGGCAGGGGUGGUGGCCAAGGGCUUACUGCAGAAGGUUCCUGGUUCAAACCCCACCCCUGCCACAUUUCUCCAUGUAAUGUGGAGUUGCAUCAAGAAGGGAAUCCGGUGUAAAACUUGUGCCAAUUCAACCUGCAAAUUCACCUUGGAUCUGCUGUGGCGACUCAGAGUGAAACACAAGGGAGCAGCUGAAGGGUCUUACUUACGAUCAAAUGUCAUUUGGUUUCUGUGGGGAAAAAUUGGUGAAUUUUUGCACAAAAACUAGAAACUUUUUUCCAUUCCUCAUUGGAACCACGUUUCACCUUGAGACACUUUUCCUGUGACUGGUGCCAGUUUGUUCUGACUUUCAGUACAAUGCUAUGUGCAAUUUACCCAUUUCAGUCUGAAUGUGAUGUUAAAUGAUUUUAAACUUGUGCAUUUUAAGAAAAAUAAAUCUCUUUGAAUUCA